AUGAUGGUGUUGGACCUAACGUUCCCGUCGUUAGGGGCAAUCGGCUUCGGCGUCGUGGCGAGUCGUGUGACGGAGCGGUUGAGAAGCUUGACUUUUCGAAACGUGCUCAGCCAAUCCGCCGCCUAUUUCGAUUCACCGAAACAUUCGGCUGGGAAAAUCUCAACCCGAUUGGCGACUGAUGCCCCGAAUAUCAAACAGGCCGUCGACCUGAAGCUCGGGCAACUUCUGCGAGGUAUUGUCGCCCUGCUGGCCGGACUUGCCGGAGCUUUCUACUUCUCCUGGCACAUGUCGUUGCUCAUGCUUACCAUCAUCCCGAUCAUCACGAUCGCCGAGUACUUCUGGGAGAAGAGCUUUGGCAAGGAUACGGUAGAAGAUAUGAGGCUGAUGGAGGCUAGUGGAAAGGUAGCAAUGGAGUCGAUAGAAUCGAUUCGUACUGUCCAUGCCCUGUCUCUACAAGGCGUUAUGCAUUCGAAAUAUUGUGCUUUGAUCGAGAGGCCAUUUAAGACCAACAAGCGAAAAGCCAUCGUCCAAGGCCUAAUGUCCGCAGUUUCCACCGGAAUGCAACCCCUCACCGACGCUAUGCAAUACCGAUUUGGGGCGUGGCUUAUCGCCAGGAAUAUGAUAGUGAACCCAUUUGAUGCCUGGAGGGCCCAAUUCUGCCUCCAAUACGCCUCAUACGCCGUCGGCCAGGGCUUCAUGUAUUUCCCAGACUACAAGAAAGCCAAAUAUUCAGCUGGGCUGCUUUUCAAGAUGCUGAAGCAGGAAACUGCGAUAGACGGCAUGAGGCGGAUAGGGUUUAGGUCCACCAGUGGAAAAGUCGAGUUCGAAAACCUACGCUUUGCAUAUCCGGAAAGGAGCGAUGUGGAGGUUUUGAAAGGCGUCAGCUUCACCAUCGAACCCGGUCAGACCGUGGCCGUCGUCGGGCCCUCAGGAUGCGGAAAAUCGACGCUAGUUGGGUUGUUGCAACGAUUCUAUGACGUUGCUGAUGGGGCUGUGAAAAUCGACGGUCAAGACAUUCGAACCAUGGGAGCGGCAGACGUUAGAGGUCAAAUGGCCGUCGUCGCACAAGAGCCGAUACUGUUUGACGAUUCGAUUAAGAACAAUAUUAUCUACGGCCUGGACGCGGCUACGGUAACUGAAAGCGAUGCGGUGGAGGCUGCCAAGAAAGCCAAUAUUCACAGCUUCAUCGCUGGGCUGCCGCUUGGAUACGAUACUACCGUCGGAGAUAAAGGGACGCAACUUUCAGGAGGACAAAAACAACGCGUUGCCAUUGCCAGAGCACUCGUCCGAAACCCAAAAAUUCUUAUCCUCGAUGAAGCGACCAGCGCAUUGGAUACGGAAAGUGAAAAGGUAGUACAAGAAGCGCUUGACGCUGCCUCUGAGGGCCGUACCUGUCUGGUAAUAGCCCAUCGGCUGAGCACGAUCCGAAAUGCCCACAAAAUUGUGGUGAUGAGGGCUGGGGAGAUUGUUGAACAAGGCAAUCACCAAGAGCUUAUCGCGAUGAAGGGGGCCUACUAUCGGUUAGUAUUGCAGCAAGAAAGGAGGAGGCACUCCACGGAAGGCCCGAUUGAGGAGGAGAUUGUUUUGGAA